CUUCGUUCGAGCGGGAGACCUGAGGUGUGUGAAGGCGCGCCGAGGGCAGCGGGAAACCUGCAACUAACUAAGUCUAAGUUUCAUAGAAAAUCUCUCAGAAAGACCAGUAAAAAACCAUGAUAGGAGCUUCACUGAACGUACAGAGAGUUUUUGUGAUUGUUCUACUGUUGCUUUGCUUGCACCCAGUGGAUUCCCAGCAUACUCCAGAGCACAGGAAGGUUCCUAAGAGAGAAGAAAUUAACCUGCGUCCAGAUGCUAAGGAGGGAAGCUUUCUGGGCUCCUGGGGACACUGGGGACCCUGGUCAGCUUGCUCCCGCUCCUGUGGCUUGGGGGUUCAGGAACAGACCCGGCCUUGCCUGCCACCUUACAGCUCCCCAGGUGCUAAUCCCUCCAGGGUGGCUUCCUGGCCCCUGCCCUCGCACAUGGUCUCAGCCCUGUGGCCCUCAGUCCCAUUGCACAGUGACAUGAGGCAGGUGCCGGCCCCGAGCAGCAGACAGUCAGGCUGGCGUGGCAAGCACAGAGGCCAGCAGCGAGAUCCCCAUGCUAGCCACAGAGGUGGGAGCAACAGGCGCAUUACUCCAGGGAAGUAUGGUUAUGGAAAGAUGCCCUACAUUGUUCCCCUGGAGAGGCAUACCAGCCGCAUUGAAGGCAGUCCCCGGUCCCGCAGACAGGCUGUUGCCCAAGGCCCUCUGGUUCCAAAUCCUUACAGCGGGCAGCAGCAAAGUUACAGACAACGCACCCCAUAUUACAGCUAUGACAAUGUCCUUAACCGACCACCAGUGCUACAUUCCAGGACUGAACCAGCUAGGGUGCCCUUGUACCGACCUAGUCAAAGUCACAGAUCUUCUCAGGACCUUCACCCAAGAAUGCAGGUCUCCACAACACUCUCUGCCCAAGGUGGGCCCUACAACCUGCUCCCAACCACAUCCUGUGCCGGGACACAGAAGCAGCACAGACUUUGUAACUCUAAUCCUUGCCCUCCCACCAGCAGGAACAUCCGUCAGGUUCAGUGCUCCUCUUACAACAGCCACCCAUUCAUGGGCCGUCUGUACGAAUGGGAACCAUUCAGUGAUGUCCAGGGGGACCAGAACUGCGAGCUGAACUGCCGGGCUGUUGGCUUCCGGUUCUAUGUGCGACAGUCGGAGAAGGUGAUUGAUGGAACACCAUGUGGUCGGAGCAACAUGUCGGUGUGUGUGUCGGGGAAGUGUCAGAGCCUGGGCUGUGAUGAAUACUUGGGCUCAGGUAAGGUGGUGGACCGCUGUGGGGUGUGUGGUGGAGAUAACACGGCCUGCAAAGUGGUUUCGGGCAUCUUCACACAUCCCUUAACCAAGCUGGGAUACCACAAGAUUGUGGAGAUUCCAGAAGGUGCCACCAAGAUAAACGUCACAGAGAUGAUCAAGAGCCGCAGUUACCUGGCCUUGCGUAGUCGCUCUGGACGGUCCAUCAUCAAUGGGAACUGGGCUAUUGACCGCCCUGGCAAGUACGAGGGUGUGGGAACCAUGUUCCUGUACCGCCGGCCCAAUGAGAUCAGUAGCACAGCUGGGGAGUCCCUACUAGCUGAGGGGCCCACCAAUGAAAUCCUGGAUGUCUAUAUGAUCUAUCAGCAGCCCAACCCAGGGGUGCACUAUGAAUUCAUUCUUCCCAUUGAACAUCCAGUCAGUCCAUGGUUACCACCGGGUACCAGGCUAAGCGAGAACACUCUGAAUGGUCAGGGUGGGUAUGACCAUGCCAGUGGAGGCUGGUACCCUACUCGUGUCCCUGACAACCAGGUGCCAAGGCCUCAGCGAGAGUUCAACUGGAAACUUGUUGGCACUACGGAGUGCAGUGCCUCCUGUGGCCGAGGUUCCCGGUCUACUGUGUUCCGUUGCGUCCACAGGACCACUCACGAGCAGGUGGCAGACAGCCUGUGUAACAGCACCUCCAGGCCCAGCCCCCAGGAGGAGGCCUGCAGCGUGGAGCCCUGCCCCACCUUCUGGGACAUCGGCGAGUGGUCUGAAUGCAGUAAGACCUGUGGCCUUGGCAUGCAGCACAGACAGGUGCUCUGCAGGCAGACCUAUGCCAACCACACUCUAACUGUGCAGGCCAGCCGCUGCCGCCACCUGGAGCAACCCGACACAACCACCACCUGUCAGCUCAAGAUCUGCAGCGAGUGGCAAGUCCGCACCGAGUGGACUAGUUGCUCUGUCCCCUGUGGAGUGGGUCAAAGGACACGGGAGGUGCGGUGCGUCAGCAACAUUGGUGACUUUGUGGCGGAUGAGGAGUGCAACAUGAAGCUAAGGCCAGAUGACGUGGAGAACUGUGACAUGGGCCCUUGUGCUAAGAGCUGGUUCUUCACUGAGUGGAGCAGCCAGUGCUCUGCCCAGUGUGGUGAAGGGGUGCAAACCCGCAGCGUUCUUUGUCUGAACAAUCACAUCAGCAGCCUUCCGCUAGAGGGCUGUGGGCCAGAGCGCCCCCCAGAUUCCCGAGCGUGUGACAACAGACCCUGCGAGGAUCGAAUAGAGUGGUUCGCUGGCCCAUGGAGUCAGUGUUCUGCAGAAUGUGGCCCAGGGACCCAGCAAAGGGAGUUGGUGUGCCUUACCAAGACUGAUGGUGCUUUCUCAGUGCUGCCACUCUAUGAGUGCUCCUCCCUGGAACGCCCCCCCCACCAGCGGAGUUGCCAAUUGCGGCCCUGUGGAGCCAGGUGGUACCACACUGAGUGGAGCGCUUGCUCCAGGACAUGUGAGGGAGGGUUCCGGGUCCGGGAAGUGCGAUGUCUCUCAGAUGCUACGCUGCCCAGUGAGGCCUGCGACGUGCAACUAAAGCCCGAGGAGCGUCAAAGCUGCCAUCCGGAACCCUGUGUCCCAGAGAUAGAUGAGAACUGUCAGGACAAAUAUUUCAACUGCAAUGUGGUGGUUCAAGCUCGCCUGUGUGUAUACAACUACUACAAGACAACGUGCUGCGCUUCCUGCACAAGAGUGGCCCAGAGAUUUGGCAGCUUCCGGGGACGCAGAUAACGCCUCGUCACAGUCCUGUUGGCAUUGUGAUGACAGUGCUUCCAGAGCUGCCUGCUGCUCACCAGACUGACCACAUUUGACCGCAUUCAACCGUACUUGACUAAGACCUCCCUGUCCUCUUGGAGCCCUUCUGACUUACACUGCUGACUUGCCAAGAAGUGGACUCAUGGUGGAAGUAACAACACCUCAGUUGUGGUUUGCCAGGUGGGAGUCUUGUUGAAGACCAGGAGUUUCUCCAAGGAACCCAAAUGGAAUAUUUCCCCAGUGCAGAAAGCACAUAUCUCAGCUGGGAAUUCUAAAUGUGGACAGGGCUACAUUAGGAGAAGGGAGAACAACCUACAGGAAUCCUCGACAAACUGCUGGAAUUUUACUGGGAUUUCCUCCUUUGAAUUAUCUUCGAGAAGAUUGCCUUCCCAAUGGUACAAGAACAUAUACAGUGCCCGUCCCCCUGCCUUAAUGUAAGCUAAACUGUGAAAUGGGACUGAUCCCAGCUUCAGCGGUGCUCCCGUGAAAACUAUGUUUACCCCUCAGAGUUUCUGGGAAUCAA